CACUAGAUAACUUAGAAAAAUGUUUGAUAUAUUGGGUGCAAAAGCAUUUAAUAGAUUAGAAAGUCAGAUUUUUGCAAAAAAUUCGUCUUUUCGGAAGGUUAUUUGUAGUUCAGCAUGAGACUUUGCGUAAGAAGUUACCACACUUUGGUGGUAUGACGUUCGAAAGGUUUCCAUGAUAAAUUUUACAUGUUGUGCAAUAAGAUAACGAUAGAUAGAAAUGCUCCAUGAGCUGGUUGCCUAAUUUCAUGCGGGUUUUGAGUUUUUCAUCUUAUGUAAAUUUUUUAUAAAGUGGGGAUUUUACUGUAAUAUAUAUAGAAAAAUAUCAACAUCACUUUUCAGGAAUUUCAUAACUUAUAAAUGCCUUGGAAUCAUCAACGUUAGGACCGCAAAAAAGUUCCACAGAAAAGGGAAACAUAGUUUACGAGUUUGACAGAAAUUUUGUACGUACCUGUACGUGAACAUGCUGGAAUCUUAUUUGUGCAUUAUUUGUAUAGCAACAGAAAUAAAUGAUAAACCGAUUCUUUGAAAGUUUAUUUGAAUCGAGUUACAAUUGGCGAAAAGUGGCCACUUCCUGUCUGUUAAUCCACUUCGAUUAAAUGCACUUCUUCUGAAGUUAUUCGAUUUAUUACCUGAACGUUCUUUUUCAUUUCAAUUCAUUGCCUUUCUUUGCAACCGAGUUUUUAAGGGUUUAAUAAGUGAAUGUGGCUUUCGUUGCAACGACUUUCUCCGAAAAGGAAUUCUUAAUACAUGCCAAACAUGAUACAAAGAAAAAUUUCUCUUCUAUAAAUUUAAAAUUUUAUAUGAAUUAUUACAACACUGCCGAAUCGUCGAUUUCGGAGUGGACGUAUUUAAAAGAAAAUCUUCAACACGCAAUGGCUGACGUCAUAAUUCAUAUGAGUGAUAUCCGCUUUCUUGGGAAUCCACCUCAAUUUAAGAGAUUUGGUCGUUGAUAAGUUGGAUUAUUACAACACUGCCUAAUCGUCGAUUCCCGCGUAGACGUAUUUAAAAUAAAAAUUUUCAACGCCUAUGAAUAACGUAAGCUUUUUUUACUAUUCAUUUUAUCGCUCAUUACCACUUACAGAAAAAGGUCAUGAUCGAACAAUACUCGAAACAGCGACACUGUUGUAAAUGUUCCACGAAAUUUUGAGUUAUACACACGUAUACAGAUUUAUAUAAUAGAUAAUAGGGGGAUAAUUUUAUUAUUAUUGAAUGGAAUUUUCUGUAAACAUUGUAAUGGUGAUUAAAUGUUAAUCUUGACGACAAUUCGUGAUUACGAACGUCAGUUGACUUCGACAACGUGUCUGUAAUCCUCGUAUUUCAAUUUCGACUUUACUUAACAUAGCAGCCUAAAUACCCUGAGGUAUAUAAAGUUAGAAUGCGCGCGCUGCUUUGCACUGCGGUUAGAUGCUUUUUUCAUCUCUCUAGUAUCAAAGCUGUGAAUUACUACCGAUAUUUCUGCGUGUUCUCCACAAUGACACAGCAGAUAAAGGCAGAGAAAAUAUUUUAGGUAUAAAUCAUCCAAAUUUGCCUAAAGCAGGGUUAGGGUAAGAUACACUCCAACCGUACAUAUCAUCACCUUCAGUAUGGUGACAUUUGUCAAAAGCUUUCAAGGGAUACAUAUUUUCAACAAAAGUGAAACCUCCUACCGCAUGAAACCCCACCCGUGGAAACUUCUUCAACAAAAACGGGAGUGCAAUUACAGUCUUUCCCAUUUGUAAUGGGAACGUGGAGCAAACGUUUGCGAUUUCAACUAAUAGUAUUUACUGUGACUACCUUCGUGAUGCCAAACAAAUAUCUUCAAACCUUAUCGUCAGCAAUAGUUAUUCCUCCUGUUGGACAUUCAUCAAAUACGUCAAAUAAUACAUAUAGCUGGAAUAUAUUGAAAGCAAAGUGUCGAUUUGGCUCGUUUCAGUCCGAUGGUUCUUGCAUAUGUAGGAGCGCCGACUGUGCAGGCUUUGGAAAAAACACUAACCUGUGUAUGUCGCGAGAUAGCGGAAAUCACUGGGAUUUUCCUAAUGCCUGCUACAUGCUCGAACAUGCUUGCAAUUCCAGAAAAAAGAGAUUGUUUUACUGGAAAGGACAUUGCAAUACUACCGCAGGUGAACCACGAGAUGCAUCGGGCGAGUUUUGUGAAGGAGAUGACGUAUUUUACUGUAAAAAUGAUGGGAUAUGUAAAUACGUAAAUCCUUCAAAGGAGCGACGAUGUCUAUGCAAAACUGGUUAUCGAGGAGAAAAAUGUGAGAAGAAAUUAUUGUCAAGGCGGAAAAGGUAUCACAAAAAGAACUUUUUGAGAUUAAUACAAAGGAAAAAAGCUCAUUUCAUGAUGAAUCGUAUGUUCCGAUUCAGAACUAGACGCUCAGCUCCAGAGACAUUACAAGAUGGUCAUUCUAAUAAUACACCAAACAUCACGUAGGCGAAAAUUCCGCUGACGUCUAGAGACAGAUAAGAAGUAAUUGGAGUCGCCUGGACAAAGGAAAGUACUCUUCAUGACACCGCAAGCAAUUCAAGUUAGUGGUGUAUGCAUUUGUGAUUGAAAGAUGAGUUAUGGACAAUCCAACAUACACUGUGCCCCUUAUUUAUAAGUAUUUAUUGCUUAGCUCUGCCAAGCGAAUAAUCAUUCUGACAUAUUUGUGUUUUUAAAUUGAAUUAAGUUACCGCGAAGUACAGUGGAAUUGAAAUGCAAAGUAUAUAUAUGAUACAAAAUCGAAGUGCUUAUUCCAAGGUUUACAAAACCGUUAAAAGAAAUUGUCGCGGGCGUUGCCGGUAGAGAGGAGAAUUAUCUCGCCUCGGGCGAGAAGUAGAAACAAGUAAUUGUGCGAUUUCUAACUUUAUUCGCGAAUAAGAUCUAAAUACUUUUGGGGAAAUGAUAUGGAUACGUCUGCGAAAGAAAACAUUUUAAAGAAUGCAUUCGGCAUAACGAAGGCAGGAUUUCUAUACAAGCUUUAGUUACAAUGUCUUUAGUUCUUUUUAAGGGCCAUACUAUUUGUUGUUUCCAAUCAAUACAAUUCGUAGGCUCGAAUGCACAUAACAAUGUAAGAUAUUUGAACCAUUUUUCGUAGCUGUGAUACAUAAGAAUAUGGGUUGAAUGGAUGCUGUGCAAAUUCUAAUGAUGUAAUUAUCCGUAAAAUGCAACACGCCUUGGAACUAGAAUAAUGUACCCUAGGGCUAACUUGAAUUCGAGAACGCGUAACGCCAGUUUGAAGUCACCAAACUAAUAUAGAAGUCGAUAAUAUGAUGUUAUGACACAAACAUGAAUUUGAAAUAAAUCCCCAGCCACUAACUGCCGAUAUCGUGGCACUGGGACUAUUUUGUCAACGUCGAUCAGGUAGGCUAUACAAGCAAAAAUAUCGCCCUAGUUCAAAUAAAAUCGGAGUGCAAUUAAAUUUGGACAUAUGAGAAGGUGAUGACACACGUAAAAGUUACCCAAGCUAUCAGUAAUUAAAUUAAGCAUGAGAAAAUGAAAUAACCACAAAUUAAUGCGAAAGCGUGAGUGUACAUCCGCUUGUCGGUAUAACAGCGACUGCAAGCACAUCAUUUUGGUACGGAAUGUAUAAUUAAGAUGUGAAAUAUUUAUGAAACUUUCUCACUUUCUUGUCGACAAUCAAAGUGAAUUUCGUAAUUUCUCGGUUGAAAUUUUACGUGUAUCUAAAAUCCAAUAUGGCAGUAAGCUGAAUAAAUGACUUCGGAAUUACCUAACUUGAAGUAUAGGUAUAUCUAUGCUCGAUACUUUUCUCCGAUUCCGCUUUUUAUGGUUGACCAUGGCGAUUAGCGCGCAACAGAACUUUAUUCUGGCCUAACUCUGGUCCUGGCCUUGCGUUAAAAAUGGGUCACUCGCUGUUCUUCCAUAAAGGGCCGGAUUUACCAUUGGGCAAAGCAUAGGCUGAAGCCAAGAGGCCUCGGCAUUCAGUAUCAAACAGUAAUUCAUUUCAAAGUUGUUUCUACAUUUUUGGUAUUUUAAUUUUGACUUGUUCCAGAAUGAAAACGCUUUAAAAUUUCUUAAACCUGAUAUCUAUUUAACUUUUUAAUCGGGUUAAUUAACAAUUAUUGUCCCUAAUAUUAACCCUUAAUAGAUUAAAAUAUUAAAUACGGUCAAAUUAAUUGAUUUGUCAAAAAUUUGGAAACUCUACCCCGUCAACCUUAAAAAUAAAAUAUACAAAAAUAAAUGAAUUGAACAGUUUUUACGUUAAUAAUUCCUUUAUUUGAAAAAAGUGAAAAUAUCGAUAUAUAUCUAUACUAGUGUAUGUAAACCAGGGUGCGCUAAGAUUUUUAUGCCAGUGCCGCAUUCAGAAUUUUUUUUGCAAAGGACCACGUAGAGAAAUUGAUUGUGAUGUUACAAUUGCUAUUCCCAUUCGCUAUGACAGUGUCGAAUUUAAUGUUGGCUGAUAUUGUUGAACCGGAGACGAAAAAGCAUUGAUAGUAUUUUAACAAUUCACAGUUUAUAUAUUUUAUAUAAACUCUAAAAAUAAAUUUAAGUUGUGUAUGUAGUUGUAAGACAUUUUCACAACUUUCUCCAAAACCACGGGCCGCACAAAAUGCUUUGGCGGGACACAUGCUGCCCAAGGGCCGUAGUUUGCCCAUCUUUAAUCUAAACAAUAAUCUAUCGCAACUAGAAACGAGUAUUAUGACGUUAAAGUUUCUGCUGCCAUGAUAUUUUUAUUACAGUCUUGAGUUUUUAUUAAAUUCAUCUUACUAUCCAUCAUACUAUCUGAAUUCUUAUAGUUUGUGCAAUUUUAAAUGUUAUUUAUAAAUAUUUACUUUACAUAGCAGGAAAAGUCUAUUAUGACGCCACAAUAGUUUCAGUUGAACGUUAUGAUGUCAUUGUUAAAGACGGGUCUCACAAACAGCAUAGGCUAGAUAAGGUGUCUUCUGGUCUAAACCCGACCCAUAUCAUAAAGAAGAAAAAUUCUGUUCUCAAAUUUCAAUAACCACAUUGUAGUGUUUGGAGCUAUUGUUUGAAAUACCUCAAUGAAACUGUUUUCAGAGCAUUAUCCAGUAUUGCAAGCGAAUUUUCGUUCAAUCACCCACUAAAUAAUGGUCACGAGUAAAAUAUGUACGGUCAGAGGUGCUCUCAAUAUUACAGAAAAAAGAUUCAACCUGAACGCUAUAUAUACAGCUGCAGGGUCGUAGCAAGGGAGGGGGGUUUUGAGGUUCGGAACCCUCUCCUCCCCCUUUUGAAAUGCAAAAAAAAAAGCAACUUUCUGUAUCAUACAUAGCAAUUUUUCGUAGCUUGAGACGCUUUUUAGACCCUCAAGAAUCCUGAAAAGACACAUUUUCCGGCGUUCGGCCGGACCCGUUACCUGUUUCGAUCUAACUAAUUUCAGAACCCUCCUUUGGAUACGCCCCUGUACAGCUGGUCGGGUUUAUCGAGAAUGCAUCAUUUUAUGUUAUAUUAUUAACGGCUGCUCCGUGAGCUAUAUCGCAUUAAGCUUUACAACAUUUUGGACUGAAAUUUGUUAUUCCUGUAUUCAACACCAUAAUACUGAGUUAAAAGACCAUAGUAAUUUGAGUUUGAAAACAAUUUAUAUAUACAUGGUAAAAUAAUAAACGAUGUCAAUUUUUUUGCAACGUCACUGUAUUUUGUGCAUUUCAUUUUCAACCUAAAUAAAUACAUCUGCAAUCAUAUCUGUAGCAAGUCUUAUAUGAGUGGCGGUGCCAAAGUUGACAGAAUCGAGAAGAAGAUAUGUUUUUUUGUUAUUGAGACACCAAAAUGUAUACAAGCCAGCAUAUGAAUACAGCUGCUCAACUUUUAGGAUAUUUUAUUGUGAUGACUUUAUAUCCUGGUAUAUCCUACUUAAUAUAUAUGUUAAUAAUAAUACAAUCAGCUAUAUUGUACACAGCGUUACCUGAAUUCGUUGACAUAAAAAUGGUGCUGCUAAUGAGCAAAGCAGAAGAACUUUAGAGCAGAAUGAAAACUGGUCAAUCUAAGAUUCCAUAAAACAGGAGGCUUUUUCACAAACUGGGUUGAUGUCAAAACAGUGUUCCGGCGAAUUUAUAUGAAAAGCAAAAUUU